UUGAGAGCAAGUGAGGGAGGAGGAAAAAAAACAAAAAACGAGAAGAUUUACCGUGUGGUACAUGUGCGGAAGUGCGGGGGACAGCGGAGAGCUACCGAUGGACGAGCUCUAGGAUCGCCACCCGAUGGAAACUAGCUUCGGUCCGCCGGAAAGAUCGAAGAUGAAGUGGCUACUAUCGUUGGCGUGCUUUUUACUACCGCACUUGUGUAUCUUCGGUGCACCCAAUUCUCACUUGGGCUGCGAGUUUCCGGCUCAAUGGAGGGGAAACUGGUUCCAAUCGGGCGAGAACACCCUGAUCGCGAUCAACGGCACGCGCCUCUCGCACAAGGGCGAAUGCGUCAAGAAGAACAACGACAUGUUCAUCAUUUACGACAAGAAUGGAAGGUGCAAUCGGUGCGUAGUGAUGUACGAGAGGCACCCCAACGUCAUCCAGUACAAAGAGACAAUAUGCAGAAGCGACGACUCCGCGGACCUGUGCAAUCAGCUCGACGGCGACGCGGCCCUGCUCUCCCUCUUUCGGUACAACGCGUCGCCCACCCCCUGCCCCUUCCCCGGGCCCCUCGAGUUCCUCUACAUGCGCAGCGACGACCACAAGGCGUGCACGGCCCCGCUGUCCCAGGCCGACGCCUGCACCCAGGACUCCAAGCUGUUUCUGCGCUACAUGGCCUGUGCCGACGUACCAGGCACCGAGAGCUACAACGUCGAGAUGGAGUGCCUGGCCACGUGGAAGGAGGGCAGCACGCAGUACUUGGUGGCGAGGCUCAACGGGACCGGAAUAGUGAACGACGAGGGUAGAUACCGGUGCUUCGCCUACGCAAAGUCGGGCAACACGUGGAACCUGGCCCAAAGCGGGGACGCGAGCUGCAGCGGCCUCCUCAGUCCCACCGAGGGCUCCAAGACCCUCAACAUGACUCAGAAAUCUGAAUCGUCCAAGUGUACGUAUCCCAGCUGGCUGGUCAAGCCGUACUCGUGGGUCGCCCUGGAUCUUAAAGCCUCGACGCGGCUGCUCGCCUCAUCUGUUAAUGUCACCAUACUCGAUCAACACGAGACGCUCUACGCCUGUCACUCCGUUGCGAGGAAUACCAAGGGUCAGUUGGAUUUGGAUCGAUUUCAGAUUGUCGCCCGAGCUACGAGGGGCUGCACAAAUGGUUUCGUCUGCAUGGUGUUCCACAAGAGGGACGACCACGUGAUCGAGAUGCAACAGUCCCAAAAGUGGACCCAACAGGACGUCGACGCGUGCGAGCACGGCACCUUCGAUCCCCUCUCCGUGCCCUACACGACCUUUAUCACCAUGGAACCCAUGACAAGGCAGUGCCCGCACCUGGGCCGUUACAACGUCGUCUUCGUGACGAACAAGCCCCCGGCAGGUGGCGAGCCGUCCGUCUGGUCGACGCGCGUCCACGAGCGCAUCCACGGGACCUACGAAAACGUCGCCGAAGUGAGAGCCGUCGCCGAACCGACGACUACGCCCCUUCCCGUGCGUUGCCACCACGCGAGCGUCGAGGGCCUCAACAUCGGCUGCACCAAGCCCGACCUCAUGGAAUUCGCCACCGAUUGCGCCGACAAGGCGCACUUCAAGAACUAA